ACCAGCGGAAAAGGUGCAGCAGAUCCUGAUGGCUUUUGCUUCUCUGCAGGAGCUGCUCUUGACAGAACCAGAGCCCUGUCAGGAGAAGUAUAUUGCCAUCAGAAGUAUGCUUAUAUUCAUGCUCCUGAUUGCAAACGGCCAGAGGUGUGGGGCCAUCACGAACAUCAUGGUUGAGGGAUUCGACGGAAGACGAUCCCAAGAUGGAUUAAGUAUUAUCAAGGUGAAGACGCAUAAAACUUCAAAAACAUAUGGAGACGCCCACAUCGUGGUUGACAGGGAGGUCGAGGGGCUCAUGGAACGGUUCAAGGGAUGGAGGCCGACCCCCGAAGGGGAGGAGUUCUUUUUUCUUACAUCGAGUGGGCGUCAAAUGACGAGCUCCACCGUCUGCCAAGAUCUAGAAAGAUGUGGGCAGCUAGUUGGCUGGGACCGUCCGGUGUCAGCCACUAGCCUGCGACAAUUCGCCGCCACUGUGAUCAGCAAAUAUCCCGAAUCUGUCAGGAAAACAGUUGCCGGGCAUAUGUCUCACUCACAGUCUACACAGGAGAGGUAUUACAUUCUCCAGCAGAAGGAGGAUCAGGCCAGAGAGGCCUACUCUUUUCUCAAUGUUGCUCGAGGAUCGACAGCUCUAAGGCCAGAAGCCGCAACCGGGCCAGGAACAGGCCAGGUAAUCUGUGGAACAGACCCUCAUUCCCCUGGUCACACAGAACAAGACAUCACAGAGACCUCCGAGGCCGCUUCUGAAGCUCUAUGUGAGCAAGACAUCACAGAGACCUCCGAGGCCGCUCCAGAAGAUCUAUGUGCCCAAGACUCCACACCAGCUUCCAACCCUACAGCAAUUUAUGCUUCUAAAAGGAGAGCCGGCUGGACGGCGGCAGAGGAGGGCCAGCUCAGGGAGAGGUUUGGGAAUGCCAUUGGGACAAGCCUCCGGAUGUCUGCCAUCCGGGAGAAGUUGGGCAACUCCCUCAAGCAUUAUACAACCCAACAAAUCCGGGACAAAAUUAAAGUGAUGAGGGCAUAGAUCAUUUUUGCAACUCGCCUGCGGGGGUGACCAUACGGCUGCUAGCAGCCCUACUAGUAUAGCUCAGUGAUAGUUCGACUGUAAACAAGACUAACUUCAUAUUGCGAGUUGGUUAUCAGAGAGUGAAGUAUUCAUUUUGAUUAUUUUGAUUAUUUACACCUUGUCAGAAAUUUUUGUAAGGGUUAGGGGUAUGAAUGUUCGAGCUGUCUUACGUUUUUAUAUUAAGUAUUUUUCCUCGAAAGAAAGGUUUCGUUUUUCCCAUAAAGCAAUCAUUGCUUUUAUUCUAUGUUUUUUAGUUUCCCAUAGUGAGUCUUGAUUAAUAUUGUAACCAUGAGUUAUUCCUAGCGCUUUUAUAUUUUGUACACAUAUUAUUUUAUCAUAUUUUGGUGGUCUUUGUUUCCAAAUACCUAUGUACAUACAUUUUGAUUUUUGGUGAUUUAUUUUUGCUCCAGAUGCUUUUUCAUAAUUGCUAAGCGUUAUAACUGGAAUUUUUGAUCAGUAUUCUAGGAUAUCUUGAAUUAGUCGUUUAUUUUCUUCAAUAUUUCUUCCUUUUUUGGCAACCCUACUUGGGCUAGCAUAUCAUUUCCCAUAUAUUAUUGAUUUUAUGAUUAGAUGUGUAUGAUUUUUGUAACCUGAAGUUUAUGUUGAAGUGAGACAACACUUGCCGACUGGUCAGAGCAUUGGGUAAACCUACCUCCCCUAAUUAACAGGGUUGGGGCAGCCGGCUCGCAGUAAUCAUGUAAAGAUGGGUUUGGCAACCCCACCAUUGACCAAUGUUUGGCGUUUUUUGGCAACCCCACUUGGGCUAGCUGUUAUAGUUUUUAGUAGUGGCUGCCAUGCGUGUGUGGUGGCAGCUACUGGGUUAUUUAAUUUUUCAUAUAAUUUCCAUAUAUUAUUGAUUUUAU